AGCGACGCGACGUUUGAAUUUGAGUCUGGUGUCUUCAGCGGUGAAUCCGGUCCUCUGGUUUUAACGUAGUUAAUAAAGAAUUCCAGCGAAGACAUAAUCUAUCUCCACAGACGUUUACUGCAGAGUUUGGCGUCCAGAGUGUUUGGGAAAUGCGUCAUGAUUCAUCAGCCAGCCGCCGGAAAGGCAAAACCCCCCAACGCCGCCCCCCGGCACCGACACCGUCGACCUCCAAGACCCCGAGACGGAGGGAAGUGUCAGGCCCGCCUCCCGUCUCUCCCAGGAAGAGACGUUUCAGACCAGGAACCAGAGCUCUGAUGGAGAUCAGGCGGUAUCAGAAGAGCACCGAACUGCUGAUCAGGAAGGCUCCAUUCUCCCGUCUAGUGCGUGAGGUGUGUCAGAGUUUCUCCAGAGAAGCUCUGAGGUGGAAUGUGUAUGCUAUGGCUGCCCUGCAGGAGGCUACAGAGGCGUUCCUCGUCAUGUUGUUCUCAGACUCCAACCUGUGUGCCAUCCACGCCAAACGGGUGACCCUCUUCCCCCGAGACAUCCAGCUGGCACGCCGGAUCCGUGGAGUCGAGGACCUGUAGGACUAUGACCAGACCAGACUGAGGACCAGAGAGCAGAGGGAGGCCUGGUCUGAUGUUCCAGCUGUAUUUUAAAUAUUCCUCUGAGUUUAUGCCUGAUGUUUUAUCAUAGAGGGGGGUACCAGGAUUUUAAACAUGUGAAAAUGAGAACCACUCAUUAUUCUUCUGUAGUUCUACAGUAAUAGAAGUCCUAGACGCCCAGUCUGAGGUAUUUUAUUGUUUUUCAAUUUUAUAUAACCGAUCCAAACUCCUGGUAACACUCUAAAUUCUACCAACAUGUUGCUGACCCACACACACCCGUGUAUUUCUGCCUGUUUCUCCUCUGUUUAGAGUUUUUGGAUUUUUUGAUGGUUAAAUCAUUAAACUAUCAGAUUUAAAGAUGUUCUAUCAGACAACCUUAAUCCUGGUUUAUUGAGAUGUUCAGAUCUGAUCUGAUUUUAUACUUGUGUUAUGAUUUUAUUGUGCAUUAUUGAUCACUGUGUUAUUGAUGAAAUUAAAUGUGUACAUAAUGUUAUCAUUCCUGUGAACUUAUUUUGUUAAUAAAAUGGAAGAUUUCU